GAAAAAAAGGAAUAUGGAAGAUAUUCGUGUGGUUGUUUCCAUAGAUUUCGGAACUACAAAUUCUGGAUUUGCUUUUGCUCACAAAGAAAGGCCCGAAGAGAGGGAAACAUACAAUACAUGGCCGGGUAACCAGGGCACAUUCAAAACACCUACAGCACUUCAAUAUGACUCGAAAUAUAAAAACGUGACAGCUUGGGGUGUAAAGGCUUUAGUUGAAUUUCAAGAAGACGCAGAGUCUUCUGAUGAUGACGAAAGUAAUCAACUUUCGAGACCAGUAGAAUUAUUCAAAUUACAUUUACUUGAUUUAAAAGAAGAAGAUAAACCGUGGUUACCACCUGAAUUAGAUUAUAAACAAGCAAUCAAAGAUUAUCUAACUGAAAUGCGAAAAUUAGUUGAAGAAAGACUUUCUUCAAGAUGGAGCAAUGUUAAAUUUCCUAGUCAAGUUAGAAUUGUACUAACUAUCCCUGCAGAAUGGCCUCCGCAUACUACCAAAAUCAUGCGCGAAUGUGCAUAUAAAGCCGGUUUAUUAAAUAAAUUAUUUUCUACCAAUUUAGAAUUUACAACUGAACCUGAAGCUGCUGCUCUACACUGUCUUAGCGUUGUUAAAGAGCAUAAUUUAAAACCAGGAGAUUGCGGAGGUGGUACAGUCGAUAUAACAAUUCGUAAGUUACUUGAAAAAAACGAAUUAAGUGAAAUAACUGAAAGAAUCGGUUAUCCUUGUGGAAGCACGUUUGUGGACAAAGAAUUUCUGAAAUUUGUUGGUGAAAAAGUUGGAAUGCAUGCUUUAUCAAAUUUUAAAAAGAAUCAUUAUAAGCAAAUUCAAUUUUUGGUACAACGAUUCUUUUGCCACAGAAUUAAAUUUGAGUUUAAUGGAAAGCAAUCAGAAUGGAAGACCAUUAAAUUGAAUUUAUCAAGUUAUUGCUCUAGUUUACAAGAAUACGUCACUG